GUUGUUGGAUUGGCAGCAAAACAAAGUAGAAUAAGGAAUAUUUCAAAUACAGUAAUGAAAGUAAAGCAGAUCCUUGGCAGAAGGUGAGGCAGAGUAUAUUCAGCGCCUCCAGACCGUGCAUCACAAUGCAGACGUCUACCAGGCUGUGUCUAAGCGGAUGCAGCAGGAAGGCUUCCGCCGCACCGAGCGUCAGUGCCGCUCCAAGUUCAAAGUCCUGAAGGCAUUAUAUUUAAAGGCCUAUGUGGCCCACGCCACAAGUAUGGGUGAUCCACCACACUGUCCCUUUUAUGAUACGUUGGAUCAGCUUCUCCGCAAUCAGAUAGUGACUGACGCAGACAACUUAACGGAGGAGGCUGCGUGGGCCCAGCACUGUGACCAGAGCUUAGCAGCCCCCGACACCCCAGGGGAAGAGGGAGCCAGCGUUCUGGGAGCAGAAAGGACUCAGGCAGCAGAUCACCAGCCCACCUUGAAAACAGUUAAGGAAUCAGAUGAGGAUUGUCAACUGAGGAUCAGUGACCAGAUGCGAGAAACCAGUGACCUUGAGGACUCCUGGGAUGAAUCCUCGGGUGCAGGGUGCUCUCAAGGGACCCCCAGCUACAGCAGCUCCCACCACCUUUUCAGAGGUGCAGCUGCUCCCUGUCAGAGCAGCCCCGUGACCAGACUGGGGGUGUCCGGUGAGCCCAGCCCCUGCACCAGCUCCGUCCGAAACACUCCCGGGGUGGCCUCGACACAGCAGCCUCCGGUCUCCUCCUCCAGAGUUCCUUUGGUUUCUGGUGGGGAUGGGCCUUUGACCAGUGAGCCCCCUCCCAGGUGGGCAAGGCGAAGAAGGCGGUCCGUGGCCAGGACUAUCGCAGCCGAGUUGGCAGAAAACAGGAGAUUGGCACGAGAACUUUCAAAGCGGGAGGAGGAAAAAUUGGACCGGCUGAUUGCCAUCGGCGAGGAGGCCAGCGCUCAGCAGGACGCUGCCAACGAGCUGCGCAGGGAUGCGGUGGUCGCUGUCAGACGCUUGGCCACAGCGGUGGAAGAGGCGACCGGCGCUUUCCAGCUGGGGCUUGAAAAGUUGCUUCAGAGCUCUGAUGAUCCACAGGCUCAGAAAUACAUCAGGGAUAGUAAAUGUUUAGUCAUUGAAAAAAAUGGGAAAUUACGAUAUGAAAUAGAUACUGGAGAAGAAAAGAAAUUUGUCAGCCCAGAAGAUGUUGCCAGACUGAUAUUUAGUAAAAUGAAAGAAACAGCACAUUUUUUCUUGGGCUCAGAUGCAAAUGAUGUAGUUAUUACUGUUCCAUUUGAUUUUGGAGAAAAACAAAAAAAUGCUCUUGGGGAAGCAGCGAGAGCUGCUGGGUUCAAUGUUUUGCGGUUAAUCCACGAACCGUCUGCAGCUCUUUUGGCUUACGGAAUUGGACAAGACUCCCCCACUGGAAAAAGCAACGUUUUGGUAUUCAAACUUGGAGGAACAUCCUUAUCUAUCAGUGUCAUGGAAGUUAACAGUGGAAUAUAUCGUGUUCUUUCAACAAACACUGAUAAUAACAUUGGAGGUACACAUUUCACAGAAACCUUAGCACAGUACCUAGCUUCUGAGUUUCAGAGAUCCUUCAAACAUGACGUGAGAGGAAAUGCCCGUGCCAUGGUGAAACUGAUGAACAGUGCUGACACUGCAAAACAUUCUUUGUCAACCUUGGGAAGUGCCAAUUGUUUCCUUGACUCAUUGUAUGAAGGUCAAGAUUUUGACUGCAAUGUGUCCAGAGCAAGAUUUGAACUUCUCUGUUCUCCACUUUUUAAUAAAUGUAUAGAAGCAAUCAGAGAACUCUUAGAACAAAGUGGAUUUACAGCAGAUGAUAUCAACAAGGUUGUCCUUUGUGGAGGGUCUUCUCGAAUCCCAAGGCUACAGCAGAUGAUUAAAGAUCUUUUCCCAGCUGUUGAGCUUCUCAAUUCUAUCCCUCCUGAUGAAGUUAUCCCUAUUGGUGCAGCUAUGGAAGCAGGAAUCCUUAUUGGGAAAGAAAACCUUUUAGUGGAGGACACUCUUAAGAUAGAGUGUUCAGCCAAAGAUAUUUUAGUUAAGGGAGUCGAUGAAUCAGGAGCCAACAGUUUCAAAGUACUAUUUCCGUCAGGGACUCCUUUGCCAGCUCGAAGACAACACACAUUACAGGCUCCUGGAAGUAUAUCCUCAGUGUGUCUUGAACUCUAUGAGUCUGAGGGGAAAAACUCUGCAAAAGAGGAAAACAAGUUUGCACAGGUUGUACUCCAGGAUUUAGAUAAAAAAGAAAAUGGAUUACGUGACAUAUUAGCUGUUCUUACUAUGAAAAGGGAUGGAUCUUUACACGUGACAUGCACGGAUCAAGAGACCGGAAAAUGUGAGGCAAUCACUAUUGAGGUGGCAUCUUAGUGUUUUAGAGAAACCACGAAUUUUUUAGAACUAAAAUAUCAACAUUAUUUGUUUUGUUUAUAAAUGAUGUUUAUAUUAAAAUACUUUUUUGAAUGAACUGUAUGAUUUAUGUUUCUAUUUUAACUACAGUAUAUUGGUAAGUGUUACAACCUUUUUUUUUGUUUUCCAUUAAAGAUUUCCUUUAUUGGUGAGAAAUACAAGGAACUUUUUCUACCAUGGAGCUAUUUAGAAUUAAAUUGUUUGAGUGGAUUGAAGGAAACUUUACCAGAAAUUUUAAAAUUUUUUCUGUCUUUGGAACUUCUGAUUUUAAGAAGUCGUUUGUUAAUUCUUAAUAGAUAUCUAAGAACAAUUUAAAAGUCUUUGGUAUUAAAUGAAAAAAAAUUGCAGAGCCAUAUGCAAAGUAAGGUACCAUUUUUGCUUAAAAGAAAAAACGAAACUCAUAAACUCAAUAAUUGUUUAUAAAUAUGCAUGUGACAUAUGUAGAGAAAAGUAUAGAAGACUAAACACCAGACCCUUUUAACAGUGGCUUCUUUUGUGGAGGGAAAUAGGGGGGAGGCACUUUUUCUUUUUACAAUUAUGUUAAGUUUGAUUUUUCCCCCUAACAGAUAUGUUUCUCAUUUGCAAUUGAAAGAUUUUUUUAUUUUGAAGAGAGGGCUAGCCACAUUCUGUUCACCAGAAAACUUUGACUAGUGCAUUGAGAAUACUCAGUGGGUUACUAAGGAAAAAGAUUAUUCUCUUUGUAAAACAAGACAAGUAAUCUGCCUGUAUUGAGGGGAGAGCUUGAAGGUGAGCCGUGCGCAUCAGACUCUAGAUUUUAUUACCAAGAGAGGAUUUCCAUUCAUUUCUCUCCUUGGUUCCCAGCAGACUGAGAAGAAAUAUCUUUACUCAGUAAAAUUUUUAAACUGUGCUGUUUUCCACCUGUUCAAGCUUUGGGAUGUGCUUUAUUAUUAUAGUUGCUUUUUAUGGAGUUAGAUGGCAGUAAUCUUCUAUUUCUAAAGAUACAGAAACCAAACUUAAAUUUUUUAUUAUUAUUCUGCAUCAAAUUAUUGACAGAAACACAAGGAAAAUUCAGGUGUGAGUCUAAGUCCACAAAGAGGCAGCCUCAAAGGUAUAUCCUUUUGACUAAGGCUGAGUACUUAGUUAUCUUUUAUGAUCUUUUCCCAAGUUACAAAAACUUUGAAAUAAAAUAAUUAUAUAUAAGCCAUUAAGUGUUUUCAGAAAAUAGGAAAAUACCAGCUGAAUUAGUUGAACUGCUGCUUUGGAAAAGUGCUGUAGGAUUUUAUUUUGUAGUUAUUGUUAGCUCUUUAGACCAGGGGUUAGCAAACUAUUGGCAAUGUGUCUGUCCUACCCCACACCUAUCUUUGUAAAUAAAAUUUUACUAGAACGUAGCCACA